CACCCUUUUAAACUCCUCGACUUUCCUACUGGGCACACGUUUGCGUGCGUAACGUCAAAUUCAAUAAAUUAAGUUUGCGAUUGUAAAUAACGGUAUGCCCGCAUUUGAUUCGCACGUCAAUGUGUGAAAUUUACUGCAAAGCGGUAUGGCAAAUGGUGGUGCUUGUGGUCAAUAAAAGUGAAUUAAAUUAAAUUUAAUUACACAGCCAUGACCGUAGGCGUAUUGGCACAAACACCAAGCGGGACGAGUAUUAACGCAUGAUUACUACGGCAUAUGUAUAUGUGGAAAGGAAACUAUAUGGAAGACUAUAAAUACUGCACUUAUGUUUGUACGUGUAAUGAUAUCUUCAGUGGCACAAAGCCUUGCUUGAUUAAUGAUGUGUAUCAGUGCCAUAAACCACGGUGUUGCCAACCAUUCCGAGCUGUCAAUCAAAUUUAACGCAGUAGAAGUGCAUGAGGUGACCACAAAUAAAAAUGUUAAAAUUAAAAAAUAUAUAUACAUACAUAUAUUAAAGUAAAAAAAAUAACAAAAAUGAUACUAAAAGUUCACAUGUCAGUUGUGGCAUUGAAAAUUAAUCAAUUGAGUGAGACUCGGGUCAAUAACUGAGCUCUCGUUUCAUUUAAACAGUUUUUCUCGAACUCGCUGCAUCUUUUCCUAUUUGCAGCUGUCUGUUGUGAUUUCUAUUUUUCGCCGCUUUAUGUCUUAUGCAUUCUAUUUUUCUUUUCAAAUGUUCAUUCUGCAGACGUGUAUUUCUAUUUUCGACGCUCGGUCCACUUCUGGCACAGACACACAGCAUUUCCAGUUCCAUUGACGUUUGACAUAUUUUCAAAUGGCCAGUUGGAGCAGCUGACCCGUGUUGGCCAAUUUAACCUAUUUUUCAAUAAAAAAAGAAGAAUAAAUAGCUCUGCCAUAGAUUUCCAAUUUGCUCAUACUCUAUUGUCUUCUUCAAUCGACUCAGGUCUUUUUUGUAUAAAAAAUUAUACCACUAUUCUUCCUUUCUCGUUCCUCUUUGUCAAAUUGAUAAAUGUUUGAAAUUGUGGCACACAUAUCUUGUGCUUCAGUAUUUGCAUGUGUGGGUAUGCAUUUGCCUGAGUGCGUGUGCUUGCAUGUGCCAUUUGUUUCGUGUUUUUGGCAGCACUUUGUGCUCGAUUAAGUUUCUUUGACUGUGUAUUUUGACCACAUGUGGCGCACAGUUGGCGAAUUCCCUUGACAAACCACACAGACACACACUAAUGCCAAAGCACAACACAUAUCCUGCUAACGGUUGUUUAUAUUGCACAACCAUCUCCAUACUCACAACACCUAUUAUUUCACUCUUUCUCGCUUUUCUUUUUGCUCGCUGUCAGACUUCAUUGUCUUGCUUCAUUUUCAGCCUCACUUUUCUCUCAUCCUUUUUCCCAGUUCCUUUUGUGCUGCUUUACAUCAAUGCUCUGCCAUUAAUAACGGUCCACUUCUGCACUCAAGUACCGCCGAAACUCCCAAGCGAAACGCCAAUUCGUCCAUCAGAGAAAUACUCAGAGCGGCGUCUGUGUGCGUGUGUGUGUGCCACUGACGGAAACCCAUAUCAAUUUUGAUAACUCUUGAUAUGUGUCCAUCAAAGCCGGCAGUUGAGCCCCAACAUCUAACUGUUCACAACAUUUCGACAUUUCAAAAUCCAUUGCACUUGUCUUAGCGACCGUCAAACACACAGAGAGAGAGGGCGUGCGUAAUAGAGAGCGUUUGAUAAAUAGCAAUUUUGAAUAUUAUCAUUGAAGUGUUAUUUAUGCUUUGGGAAUUCUCAAGCAUUUUGAAAACCCAUCGACCACCAUCAUUCCUUGUUUGGCAUGCCAUGAAUUCAUUUGAUGCUCUCGCCUCACUUGCUUUGGUUAUUAUAGGGGUAAAAUGUGCAUAUAACGAAAGCAUUCGCCUGAGCAGCGUUCUGCUGGCUCUUUUGAUUGAUGUUGCUCAAGGAUUUCUUCACAAAAGCAUCAAAUGAACAUUUGGAAUACAUAACUCAUAAAUGGUCAAUGCAUGUUUUGAAGGUGGAAGGUGAGGUCGAUAUUGAUAUUAUUAAUUAUUUUUGUGUUUCGGAGGUAGAAUUAACGUUCUACAUUCUAUAUUUGUAGAUGUCAGUUAUAAGUACGUGUUCAUUCUAGUUAGGUCCUAGAAAGCUAUUUCUCAACACAUCACGUUAUUACAUUUAUUUGAUAGCUCUUUGACUCUUACGAAAUAUAAUUUUUCUAUAUUCAUCCUGUUCGAGCUCAAAGGAUUUCGAUCAGAACGCGUAUAAAUUUGGUAUCAUUCUUCCUCUGUUAAUAAAAACUCCUUUUAUUUCACAGGAUAAUAACUUUGAAUAAAACCUUGCAGAUUUUUAAAGUAUAAUGUUUAAUUGAAUAUUUACUAUAUCUUAAGCCUUUCAAGCAUGAUACCAUUUUGUAUUAUCAUAUACCACUCACGCAGUUCUGUUCAAUAUAGAAAUAGAGGAUCCAAAGCAUUAUAAUGAUAUAACGGCUAUUUUUGCUUUCCUAGUGUGGUUUUCAAGACGAAAUAAGACGCAUAUAAUCUAAUUCUAUUGCCAAAAAUUUAGUGUUACUAUACAUUUAGGGUUUGUCAUAAUGUUUUAAAAAUGAAUGACUAGCUUGAAAAAAUUCCAAUUUUCGACCACUUUUUGUCAACAAUAAUACGCCGCGUAUUCUCCCCCAAGGCGUUAAUUUAUUUCGGUUAUCUGCUUAGACGAACGACUUCCCUUAACCCCACAAAUAAUAGGUCAGGGAAUUAAAUCGCACGAUCUUGAAAGACACGCCACAGGCACAGAACGCGAAGUAAUACCGUCACCAAAAGUUUCCUUCAAUGAAUUGACCGUUUAGUAGCCUCUACGACAAUUUCCGCCGUUUGGUUGGAAGCAAACGUUAUCUACAUCAACAUCUUCAUCAUGACUCUACAUAUGGUAUAGCGUAUUGACUGUAGUUUUCAUUUUAGAAAAAAUAUGGAGCAAUAAUUCCCUCAGACAAAUAAUGACUUUUUGAAGAUGUAAAAUACGUUUCAUUAAUAAUUUGUGAAUUAUCGUCCAUCAAAGUGCGAUAACUUUUGUUAAUAACGUUUCCAUUUAACCAAAAGUGAGCUUAAUCUUUGAACGAAAUAUUCUUCUGGAAAGCGAGAUCGGCGGCCAUCAUUUUGGCCCCAUUCACCGAACAUGCGACACGUAACAGCUGUGAAAAACGCCAAUUCCAAAAAAAGGUAUUGCCUCGUCACGUUACACGUCUACAAACAACACCCGUUAUUUCCUGAUGAAAUUAUCUUUAUUUUCAUAUUUUUGCUUUUCACUCUUAUAACGAGUACUCACAAAGUGAAUACUAACAAAUAAUUGUUUUAACUUGUAAAUGCUUCAGCAUUAAUAUGGCGAAAACUCUUCUUUCUCCCAUAAACACAGUUGAUUAUUAAUGGUUUAGAGGCCAUAAAAAUCCAAUCAGUGCAUUAUUAAGUUCAAUUUAAACACUCACACUAUCAACAACUCGGCUAAUGUACAUAUGAGCAAAAAAAAACUUUACAAGUAAAGCAUGUAUAGUAUGUAAGUCUUCAAUUUCAUAAAUUUGAUAAAGUUAACUCAAAGUGGUAUGAGCAGAUGUAAAAAAUUCGCUCUUUUAAUAGUUUUACCUGCAAAAAAAUUAACCCCUACUCUCCCGGAAAUUUUGUGUUUCCAAUGGAAUUACAGUGGCAGAAUCGUUGAUUGCAGAAAUGUUUUGGCGAGUCUACUUCAUCAAGAACAUAGGUAUUCUCAUGCGUGUCAUCCAUUCACCAUCUACCUUUUUUAAUAUAAUAAUAUCGAACAGUUGAAGAAACAGUGCUGGAUAUCACCAUAUUGGCGUCAGAGAGAUGUUUUUUCCUAUUUUUUAUUUUACAAUUGUAGAUAGUACAUACAAUCAGAUUUCUCGCCCAGCAGUUUUGAUGAGUCUGGAAACCUUCUCAUUAACAUGCUGUCUCAGCAUCGGUUCGAUAAACUUUGUAAUUAUCAAUACUACAGGUACAUUUAUCACUGAAUUCAUACCUUGAUCACGGUGAAAGUCAGCAGAUCUAACGUAGUAAGGGGCAUUAACUAAAUUCUUUAGUGCCUUGCUCUGACAGCGUUGAAUGCAAGCGAUGCAGCUUUGACUUUGGCAGCUCUGUAGACCCAAACUGGCUUUACAACCUAAUUGUAUACUAACAGCUUGUUUUGGAUUGAUAGAAUGAAUAAAGAUUAGCAAGUUUCAUAUGAAGCUCACUCAUUUUUCUUUUGACAUGCUCUUUCCAGCGAAGCUUAGUAUCUAAGGAGACCUAGGUUUUUAAAACUAUUAUGAUGUGGUAUAGGAGUAUUAUUUAUAUAAAUCGUCAGAGAGAUAGCAAUUAAGGAUUUCCACAUCUCUUAUGGAUCAACUCAACACAUUUUGGUUAAUGUUUUGGGUAUGAAGUGUGCCCAUGUUAGGAUCGUACCGGAAGACAUGAGUCUUUCGCAAAACAGCCUUCAAGUUAAGGUCGCCAAAAGACCAUACAGGGUCGCUGAGGACUCUACAUUCAUCAAACGCAUCCAUACUAGUGAUGAGUAAUGUGUUUAUGAUUAUGACUGCGAAACUGUUCAACAAUCUUGCGAAUGGUGCUUCAAAUAUGAGCCGAAAUUGAAAAAAGAAAAUUCUGUGAAGGCCAUACUAGGCAACGCUUAUAACGAGUACAUGCUAAUUGCAUUAAGCGUUGGCAUUCCUGUAUAUAUCCUAUUUUGAAGGUCAUAAAAAGAUUUGCAUCAAAAUACGUGAAAAUGUAGUUUUGUGUUAGUUCGGACCAUAAUUCAAAAUCCACUGAUCUACAUAUAUGAAAUAGAUCUCAACGCAGCUCAAUUAACAAAUUUCCAUUAAUAUACUUGUGUACCCUAUUUGGCUGGAAGCACAAUCCACCAAGUUUUUGUUGCAUCACUUAUUGAUUUUAUAAUUGAAAAGGCGAUUUGUUGCAUUAAUGAAAAGGGUUUAAAGCCAAAAGGCAAUUAAGUAGCUCCGCUAAUGUACUUCAGUUCUAUAAAGUACUUAAAUCCAUCCACAGAUACAGUUCACUUGAAAUAUAGAGCGGUCAGUUAAGUGCUAAGCCAUACCGACCGACGGCGCCAUUAUGUAUACUGCAUUCCCAUAGAUGUCCACUGUCCACAUUUUAGACGAAGAGGUACCACAAAUUUGGUUUAACCGCGAGGCUCUCUAGCAAUUAGGUACCAUGACGCACACUUAGCCUAUAGUUUUAGGGCACACUUAUAGUUAAUAGGUCAUAUAAAUUAAAUCAGCGCCCCAUUAAGUUCAAUUUUAUGUGUGAUUAAACUGAACUUAAGAGUUUAGUGUAUAGCCAGAGAAUGCUUAUAAAUAAGGCAUACAAGCGAACAAUUUUAACAAUUUACUACAGUUAACUCAAGGCGACUAGUGAAGAUACAAAUCAUGGGCUCUCUGAAUAAUCAAACUAUGAUACUUAGUUUAUUAGGCUUGUCGACGCUUAAUGAAGAAUUUAUGAAGAAACUAGUGGAGAUCGUUGUCGCUACUUCAAAGGAACGCCUCGUGAACACCAUAAUUUAUACCAGUUUCGACAACAGUACUUCGACAAGAGCAGCUGAUGGACAAGCACUUUCGAACAUAUUACGAUCACUAGCCGAAGGACAAGAUAAACCGCUACUGCAUUUCGAUACCUCACCACCAAUCGAGAUAUAUGUGACCAAAUUCAACAACGCUCUGUUAACCAUCGCGAAACUCAAUCAGCGGUUGGAUCAGGAUAAACAUUUGUUGGUCACACUGUGGCGACGUCUCUACUUCAACACACAAACACGACUAAUACUGCUAUUCGAGGACUCCGCUAGUGAGGCGUAUGUAAAGCAGAUAAUGCAAAUGUGCGCCAAGAAUAGAGCGACGAGAGUAAUUGCGCUGCAACCACGAAUGACAGUAAUCGAGAGAAGCUACUGGGCUCUGCACAUCUUUCCCACACCACAAAUUGUCAAGCGCACGUUGCCAUCCAACGGAACACAAUUAUUUCACGAUCACGUGAAAAAUAUGUACGGAAGCCCUUUGCGCAUUUUGGAAAGCGCGAUUUUGCCGCAAAUCUACAGAUAUACAUCACGAGAGGGCGGACCAUCCAAACUCAGUGGCUACGUAGGUAAAACUUUGGUGGAGUAUGUGAACCGACAUAAUGGCACUCUUUCAUAUCCGCUAUCUACGGACCAGGGAUAUAUCUUGCUUAAGGAUAUGGUGCGUUUAUUCAAGAAUAACACGCUGGAUAUCGGGCAGUUAAUGCCCUACAGCUUAAAGUUUCGUCAUCUAAGUUUCACGGUUGUGUUUAAGUGUACCGAUUACUGUUUUAUGGUACCGUUGGAACAACCAUUACCGAAGUACACUUUCUAUUUUAAAAUCAUAAGAAAAUCAUUCGUUGCAUUCUUCUGCGCCAACGUUGCUUUGAUCUCGUGCUUUGCCGCAAUCGCGACACGUUUUUAUUCAAAGCUCACGACUUCAAUCACCGAUUAUGUAUGUAAUAUGACAGUUGUAAGCGGUCUACUAGGAAUGCCAUUUUGGACGGCGGGUCACACAUCGAAACUGCAUAAGGUCAUCUAUGUUAGCGCCUCCUUGGUGGGUAUCAUUUUUGGCACAGCUUACGCCACUUUCUUACAGAGUUAUAGCAUAAAUCCACCGUUUGUUAGCAAAGCCGAAAGCAUCGAAGAAUUAAUAGAUCGUGGCUUUAAAGUGGCUGUGAGUAAAUUUAAUCUCUUUUCGAUUCUUUAUACACGAGAUUUAGAAAAAUAUGGUGAAAAUUUUAUAAUUUUUGAUAACAUCACUAAGUUUUUAAUGUCUCGUGAUAAUCUUGACACGCGCUACGCCUUUGGCGUUACCGACAUGUGGUCCGUCUAUAACGAACAACAGAAAUAUUUCUCACAUCCACUUUUCAGACUCUCGGAUAUAUGUUUGGGUAGAGGUUACCCGAUGGUCUUGCCUUUACAGAAGAACUCAAUUUAUCGCGAUAGUUUGAAUAAAUUUGUGAGAAGGCUACGCGAAGCUGGGCUCUUAGCACACUGGCGACGACGUAGCUUUCUGGAAAUGUUAGCUAUGAAAUGGAUUACACUCGAAAACCGGAAUCAACAGCCUGCCGUUGAGCCGAUGAAACUGAAAGACUUGCGCAUAGUACUAAUGGCUUAUGCUGCACUAUUGAGCUUGAGCAUUAUUUGCUUUGUGCUGGAGAUCUAUUGGGUAAAAAUUCAAAAUAUUUGUGUUUCACUAAAGGAAAAAUUGUGCAAAAUAAAAAUUAGAAAGUAGAGAAUUUAAUAAUAUUUCUGAAUAACAUUUGUUAUAAGUUUACAGUUAAAAAAGUUCUAUGCAAGUAUAUUUUGUAAGCCUAAAUUCAAUAGGAGAUUUUAGAGCGUAAGUAAAAUAUAUUGUUGGCGUCUUCUAUUCGACAUUGUUUCCAGCUUGUUUAAACACCGCUCUAUAAGACGAUAGAAAGAUAGAAAAUUGAGGCUUUGCACUUUGACCUAUGGCCUAUUGCGCCCUCUACGAUAUCACAUAUGGUCACAAAGGUCCAGCAUUCCGAUCAGAUUGAGAUGGUGUGAUUCCUGUCCUCAUACUUGGAACUUAGGUCCUUGAGCCUGUUUCUACAAAUUAGUGGGUAAUCUAGAACCAGGUGUUCUGGAAUUUUCUGUUGCAUGUCGCAAAACCGGCAGUUUCCACAAGAGGCUAUGCCCAUAUUGGACAAGUGCUUUCUGAACCUGCAGUGCACUGUAUAAAGUGCGACGAGGAAACGGAACUUGUCUCAAGGGAGGUUGACCAUUUCUUUAAACUUUGUGAAGUUGAACCGUCCCAGAAGUAGCCGGGCAAGAUACAUUUCUACCUGUUGCCCAUGCCGUUAUGUCCCCACUCUCUUGUCCAUGCAGAGCAUCUCCUUUAUAAUGUGGGACCCCACCGCAAUGCAUGGUUCUGGCUCCUUCAUCCUGACGCUGCUGCAAAGCAUGCUAGUUCAUCGGCCAGCUGAUUGACGGCUAUAAAAAGGUAGCCGCUCGGACUUACUGCCAAGAAUAACUCAGAACUUCUUUUUAAAGUCCAGACAUCUUAUGAUGCGUGUGUGCAGCCCAGGGAUCUGCCGCCUAGGCGCCUGUAUAUUAUGAGUGGUUUCAGCUAUCCUAGUCCGCUGUAAAGCAUCUAUCCAGAGCAGUUUAAGUGAAUCGGCCUGCUCUGUACGCGUGCUGACUAGUGUGUAGGGGUGCGAUUUUCAGCGGCUUAGAUCUCAUAAAGUUGUCCACAAUCCUUUCCAUCUCUUCUAGCAUGAAGCGUGAAAGACGAAUUAACCUGAAUGAUUUGGCCAGCGAGUAGUCCUUCCUUCCUACUUU